CGCAUGGUGAUUGCCACGAUGGGUGGAGAACCAGUGCAAAUCUUACGAGUCAAGGAUGGCCAUAGCGUCGAGUUCAACGAGGCUAAGCUAGAGCGCAUCCUCUUGGCUGACCACGUGAAAGAUCGCCCAGUCGUGGUGAUAUCCGUCGCUGGGGCGUACCGACAAGGAAAGUCUUUUCUGCUAUGCUUCUUGCUGCGGUUCCUCCGGAACAUUGGUCGAUCCAACUGGAUGGAUGACGCAGACACCCCACUUCGUGGCUUCCUGUGGCGGCCGGGCAGUUCUCGCGAGACAAUGGGCAUCCUGCUUUGGAGUGAAGUGUUUUUGAUGAAAAACUCCGAGGGCGAGGAGGUGGCGGUUUUGCUAAUGGACACCCAAGGCACGUUUGAUGGCGACGCAACAACGAAAGAGAGCGCCACGAUAUUCGCUCUCUCCAUGAUGACAAGCUCUGUGCAGAUUUACAACCUGAUGAACAACAUCAAAGAGGACGAUCUGCAGCACCUUCAGUUUUUUGCUGAGUACGGCAGGCUUGCGCUGAAGGAAAAUGGAACACGGCCGUUUCAGAAGCUCCUAUUCCUGGUUCGAGACUGGCACUGGCCUCAAACUUUUGAGUUUGGAUUCCGUGGUGGCAGAUCGUUAAUUGCGAGUCGUCUAGAGAUAAAAGAAGGACAAGCUGCGGAGCUGAAGACGUUGCGGCAAAGCUUAUCAUCUUCCUUUUGUGAAAUCGACGGCUUCCUGCUGCCCUUCCCGGGAACGAAGGUGGCUGGCGAAUCGUUAUUCGAUGGCCGUCUUGAAGACAUCGAUGAAAGGUUUCGGGAGCAUGUUCGAGAGUUAGUUGCUUCCGUUCUCGCACGGGAGAACCUGUUAGUCAAGCAGGUUAAUGGUCAAACGCUAACGUGCGAGAACCUAUUCACAUACUUCAAGACUUACGUGGAAGUCUUCAAAGGAAGCGAUUUGCCAGAGCCGGCACCCAUGCUUGAAAGCUACCGCGAUAGCCAGUUCGUCGGCUUCGUGAGUUCCUCCGCACCACCGUGA